UUGCGCCUGCUCAUUAGUUGUUCCACUUAUAUGCCUAUUUGUAUUUGUAGAGCUUAAACUAUUUUGUUUUUUCUUAUUGAAAAAUGUUUUGGGGUGAUUAUUUUAAAUAUAUGGUGAUGAGUUUAUCAUCAAAAUAGUUUGCAGUUUGUGUGACAAAAUUUAAGGAAGUAGAGUUAAUAAAAAAAAAAUGAAUAAUGAAACCAAGAAAGAAGAAACGAAUUUGGAUGUGAUCCACCGCAUAAAUACUGACAUUCUCCUGCAAAAUAUACCAGUUGAUGAAUUACUUGGAUCUGUUACCACUUAUUCUGAAGGAAAUGACAAGAAUCAAGCACUACGUUCCAGUGCUCGAGUAUUCAAGAAAAUCAAGCUAGAUGCUAAUUUACUGAAUACUGCAAGCACUUCUGAGAAAUCAGGCACUGAGAAGAAAGAAGAACAGAAGCCUGAUCAAACUCCACAGAAAGAUCAGCGAAAAUUCAAUAUUAACUGGGUAACAGAAGAAGUCACUACACUAUUCUUUGAAGCAUUAAAUGAAUAUGGAAAAGAUUUCGAGAAUAUCCAUUCUUCUAUCACACAAAAACUUAAAAAAAGAGGUGUUUCGUAUCAGUUCACAAGAGAUCAUGUUAGACAUCUUUAUUACAGGACAUGGCACAAAAUUUCCAAGUAUUUGAAGUUUCCUGAUGGUGUGAAAAAGAACAUCCAAGAGUUAUAUGGUCUCAUUAACUAUGGUGAACUAAGGAAGAAAACAAUAACUACAAAAAAAAUUUAUUUCAAAUUGAAUGAGUUGAUUCAUGUAGGGUGUGUUGCCCUUCGGGUGAAAGGUAAAAUGGUUAGGGUGAGAACUCCUAUGUGUCCAGCUCUUCGAAGAAUCAAUAAGCUAGAUGACAAGGAUGAUGAUUUGAAGUUACCACCAAGAGUGGUAGUUCAACUCCAACCUCGAGAUAUGCAAGCAUUUCACAAGGUUCAAAGUUUCGCUUUGAAUCCAAGAAUAAAAGCAGUAUUACCUUUACAAAAGAAGCUCAGUACAUUUAUCAAUUGUGUUGCAAAAAGAUGGAAAGCAGCAGAAAUUGAAUAUUUGAAAAAUAAUUAUACGAUGGAAGAAAUAUCAACGGGAGAGAACGACGAAGAGGAUUUUGAUAUAGAUGCCAAAUUGAUUACAUCACAAUUGAAGUUUGCUCCACCUAAAAAUGUAAAACUAAACUUGCCACGAACUGAUGUAUGUGAUUUCAUCACAAAAGACAACAUCAGUUUGAAAGCUUAUGAAGAAAGGAUGGGGAUAGACGGUUCUAAACUUAUUGAGAAAAAGGACUGUAAGAAAUCGACACAGAAGAACCGUGUGGAAAGUUCUUCAGAAACUAUCACAAAGUUACCAAUUAAAUUAGAAGUUAAAGAUGAAGAUCAACUUCUAUUGGAUCAAAAUGGAAUAGAAAAUAUUCCAAUGUGCACUACUUCACCUAGUACUGGGCAUACUCAAGUUCACCAAAUCACUAUAAAAGAAGAAUUAUUUCCUCAAAAAGAGAAAUAUACUACUGGAAUUGAAGAAGGCAAUAAUUUUCUAAUGAGUGAAGAGAACAAUCUAAAUCUACAGGCCACCCCAAAUACACCAAAAUCAGUUAAAUUCAAGAAGGAAAUUGAAAAUAUCGAAGUACCUUCCACUGAAUCAUCUCGCACCAAGGUGGAUAAAUUACAAGUUGCUUUGAAUUCUGAUGAAAUUCUAGACAAUAAUAAGAAUAACAAAAACAUAUCUGUUGAAGAACAAUUACCUAAAUUAGCUGAAAUAAGAAAUGGGUGGACUGUCGAAGACUGUGAUAACUUAACUAUAGGUGAACUUUAUUUAAUGUUUGGUUCAGCAUCAAAUUUGGUUCUCGAAUAUCAUUGGGUGAAAAAAGUAGUUCCGAAUAUCGAGAGGGACUCGACAGAACUGGAAAUUCAACCAAGUGUUGUCCUAUAUAACAACUUCGGAUUUAGUGAUACAUUGAGAAAGCUUGUGGACAUCAUGCAAAUGCAGCAGAAAAAGGUUGCGUCCAAAUGUUCUUGUGGCCAUGUAUGUUCGCCUAAAAAUGGGGUUCCCAAGAAAAAUCAUACGAAAGUUAGUGAAGCUGAAGAGAAAACUGGUGUGGAUGAAAAUGUACCAGAAACAGAAGUACCGCAAAGUUUGGUGGUGAAGAACAAUGAAGAACAAAAACAAAAAGUUCCUCAGUUUGAAGAUUUUGUUAAGCCACAGUGUAUACCUCCUUCUGAUCAGUUGAAAGCCCAGCUUGAUAGAAUUGAAAAGUUGAAACCGAAAUACAGAAAAGGUCGUAUACAGAGGACAAAACAGUUUGUCGUUGAAAGGGAAUUACCAUUGAUGCCUAAAGCAAGUAGUGGUCAUCAAAUAGUUCGUAUGAAUAUCAUUUCUCACAACCAUAAUAAUUCCACCAACCAGCCCAGCGUCAAUGUUGAAGAGAAAAAAGUGGAAGCUGCCACCAUAACAAUUGAGAAGGAUGACAAGUUUGAAAAAGUUGUAUAUAUGGAAGAAAAUUGUAAUCAACAUCUUGGUGAAAUGGAAAUGAAAGAAGUAGCUGCCAACGAUGACCAAGUAGCAAGCGCAUGUAGAGCAAAUAAUUUAGAAGUUUUCCUGGACACUACAAGAUCUCUCAGUCCCUCAACAUUACUGAAAGAAAAUGAAAAUCAAUGGAUAAGCUCAGAAGUUGCAGAUUUUUCACUGAGUAGUUUCUUGGGUCAUUUGGAAUCCCCAAUGAAAACUCAAGAUGAUGUCUCGAAUGACGUAGGUUAUUUAAACCAGAUGAUGGAUUUUCAAUUGAGGUCUCUUUUAACUGAGAACAGUUUCGAUUACACCGCCAAAUUUGCUGAUCUGGCGAAAAAAGUAGUAGGUGACACAGCAAACUAAUUUGUUAUUUUAUUGGAUAUAUAUUUUAUAAAAAUAUAGUACUAUUUAUACGUC